UGAAUUUUUUUUCUUUUCUUAAUAGCUUAGUCUCUCAGAGCCUGCUUCUCACUCCCCUCCCAUCCCUCUGCUCUUUGGGAGCUGCAGCGGUUUCAUAGGUGAUUAGAAAAUGAACCGAUCUGCCCUCUCCAGAUUUAUUGUUGUUAAUAUAUUCUGGUUUCCCAGAGAGAAGGCUGAGAAAGGAACACAGGGUGUUCACUCCUCUAAAGCACCAAAAAUGUGAAGGAGAAACCCGGUGGUCUCCAUGGUUGUGGACUGUGGGGCUGGGUGUCUGAUGCGGGUUUCACCUGUGGGACUGACACCACUUUGGGACCUUCCCAAGACUUACUGCCCUGCUCUCGAGUGGGGAGGUUCCUGCAAAAAUCCACUUUCUUUGAGGUUUUGGGGAGAAGCAGGCUGCAUAUGUGUUGUGACACCCAUGGGUUGGUGUCACCCAUGCCAGUGUUGGAUCUGGGCAGGGUGGUGGAGGUGUGGGGCAGCCCAGGGCUGCUGUGCCCCCACGCACCGUGUCUCUGACAGCACCUCUGGGCAGACCUGGUUGCAGAGACAGGGAUCUCAUCUCUGUAUGGCUGGAAGCAGGAAAUUGCCACAGCUGAUGCUGGGCAAAUUUCUGUCUCUUUAAUUGAAAGGUUUUUAAUGACAGAGGAGGAGAGAGCAGUAUGAGGCAGCUGUUCACUGGAAGUGCUUGUUACUGCAGACGUGGAGCCGGUUCUGCAACCCUCAUGUACCUGGAGUUACAGGGCCCAGCUGCUGCAGGGGACGGGAUCGGUGAUGGCCAUGUCUCCUGUGGUUCUUCAGGCUUUGGGAGGCGGUGCUCCUCCCCAGGGAUUUCUCUCUGCUCCUCUCCCCUGGGUGAUAUCCCAGGGGGUGACAGGGGGCUGGGGCAAGUGAGAGGGUCUGAAGUACCCUGAGAAGUAGCAGCUAGGGUGGCAGUGGGCAGCCCUGGCUGCUGCCGGCUUGGAGCAGCCUGGUGGGCUGGAAAAGCAGUGUCAGAGACCUGGCUGCUAAAUAUAGACCCUGGACGUGAUCAAAGAAGGCAGGGCCCCUGCACGCUCUUGCUUGCUCGCCUCCUCCCGUUUCCCCCCCCUUGAGCUUUGAAUAGGAAAACCUCUCCUUCCUCUGCCUGUUUGGGCUGUGCCGGAGCAGGCAGCCCUUCUUAUGCUGGAGAUUUUGACCUGGAAGCAAAGGGGGACCUUUCUGGGCAUGGUGCCAGUUUGGAAGAGCUGCUUGCUACCACUUUCACUCAGCUUUCUUUUCCAAUAUGUGAAACCCCAGGGUGCUUAAGCAAUCUGAGGAAAUCAAAAAAGAUGUGGCCGUUUUGGGGACUGGACCUGAACCGAGUCCGCUGUGACCUGCUCUUCACAGAAGCCAUCAAUCAAAGGAUGCAGGUUCCCAACAGGCUGAAGGUAGCAGAUAGCUUCAGCCCUGUGGAUGAGGAGCCAGUGACAGAGGAUGUCCCUCCUUCCUUUCGGAUGCACAUCCCUGACAGGAUUUCUCUUGCAGAAAUAUCAGAUGCCAGUUUGAGGCCCAUCCCACUGAACCAGCAGAGGAAGGUCCCGUCUGUCGUGGUGCACAUGUCCCCGGACUCCUCUGCACAGUCCACCCACCUCGGGGAGCUCCCUUUUCUGCACGUAGCCAGCAGAUCAAGCUCCCAGAAACGCAAACGAUCGGGCCAUCACAGCAGCAGGUCACGGCGGGAGAGGACUCCAAGUGACUGCACCCAGCUGGCCUUGCGCAGCCCGGGCCAGCACCAUGAGCGGCCGGACGCGUGCCCCCCGCCUGCACGCAGUGCCCCGCUCCCACUCCUCACAGAGACGGGCAGGAUCUACUCCAUGCAGAACAUCUUCCAGACCAUGUACCUCCUGGGCCAGGUGCUCUUCCACCGUGUCCAGGACUCUCGGCAAGACCCAGUGCCGUCCAGCUCCCAGGAGGCUGGCCUAGGCCCAGAGAGCGCCUUGGAGGAGGCUGGGGUGGCUGAGAUGGCAGCAAUGAGAAAGCAGUUGACGAAGAUCUCGGGGAGGCUCCGCGUGCUGGAGGAGCAGUGCAACGCCUGGCGUCAGAAGGAGGCCCUGGUCUACUCCGUGCUGAUCUCUGCCUGCCUCAUCAACACGUGGCUCUGGCUGAGGAGAUGAUUUCCCAUGCCCCGACCUCCCCUGCCCAACCCUGGCAGGGUGGGUGAGGGCAGGGAGAGGAUCCUUGCUCGUGUACUUGGAAACAGUAAAACUACGUGUUUCUUCUUAA